AGGGGUGGGCAGGCAGAUAAAUGGUGUGGCAGGAGGACAGACAGACUGGUGGACAAGGGGAGGGCUGGAGAAGCCUCAGGCAGGGAAUAGGUCCAGGCCUAUGGUGGGGCAGAUGCCAGGGACUGGCAACACGCCCAGGGCAGGGACAGCAGCAGACGUGAGUGGACAGAGACACGGGUAGAGCCUGGCAGAAGAUGAACAGAAUGGCACUGCAGGUGGUAACGUGAGACUUGGUCAGCAAAUGUGUCUGGGACUACACUACUGUAAGUGACACAGGAGUGGUCCAAGGGGGGCUCAAGGAUGACUCAAGGUUGGCUCAAGGGUAGCUCAAAGGAGAAGGUCUCAAAGCCGGCGAGGUAAGGAGGUGGCAUGCUAGUGGAUGGCAGUGAGGGAAUGGCCACUGGGCUUGGGGCUGGGCUGGCAGAGAGGAGACGCACCCGCGGGUGGCACCGAGAUGGCACCAGGGAGGACUCCGGGGGUGGGCGGUGCCACGGCGCAUAGCGGGACGACCGUCAGCCGCGACAGUGGCCCAGGGGCGGACCCACCGGGUGACCCCGGGGCUGCUCCUUCAUCGGGGCUACUCCCGGAGCACCCCGCUCCGCGCCGAGGGCGGGGCCGAGCCGGGCUGCUCCGCCCAGCUCCGAGGACGGGCGGGCAGCAUCGGAGCUCCUGGACCAGGGGCACCUACCAGAGGCCCGGGACACAGAGAGCAGCACCGGAGCACCCGGAACCAGCCGGAACCCGCCGGGAGCCGCCGAUCCCUCCCGCCGGGCCAGUGCCAUGGCGGGGGGGGGUGCGGGGGUGGCCAAGCGCCUGGCCACGCUGCUCUCCGGGCUCCUGGAGUGCGGGGCUUUCUGUGGCAUCAUCUUCGGCUGGGCCUCCCUCGUCUUUGUGCUCAAGAAGCUGGAGUAUUUCGCAGAUCUGUGCCAGAUCACCCUCACCAACGGCUCCGCACUGCCUGACUGCAGCCGCCAGGAUGAGCAGUUCUCCCUGGUCUUCACCAUUGGCUCCUUCAUGAACAACUUCAUGACCUUCCCCAUGGGCUUCAUCUUCGAUCGCUUUGGCACCACUGUCGCCCGCCUCGUUGCCAUCUCCCUCUACACCGGUGGGACCCUGCUUGUUGCCUUCUCCACCCCAGCGCUGGCAGUGCUGCUCUUCCCAGCCAUGUCCAUGCUCUCAGUGGGUGGCAUGCUCCUCAUCCUCACCAACAUGCAGGUGGGUAACCUCUUUGGGAAGUACCGCUCCAUCAUCAUCACCCUCUACAACGGGGCCUUUGACUCUUCGUCUGCCAUCUUCCUCAUCAUCAAGGUGCUACACGAGCGUGGGUUGUCCCUGCACUCCAUGUUCCUCUUCAUGGCAGCCUGCAGUGCCUGGCACCUGCUGCGCACCCUCUUCCUCAUGCCCCGCACUCGCAUUCCCUACCCACUGCCCCCUGCCUAUGACUAUGGGCUGCGGUGCCCGGGGCGGUCACAGUCGUACCGCACCUAUGAGGAGAAGCGGCCUGUUGAGGAGGGCGGCCCAGAAGAGACCCCCCUGGAGCCCAGCACAGCCAAAGGGGUGGCCGCCCCAGGGAUGCCCUUCGGGGCCUGCGUUCGCUCGAAGCUGUUUGCCUGGCACGUGGCCUGGCUCUCAGCCAUGCAGCUCCGGCACUACCUCUUCAUCGGCACCCUCAACCCCCUCCUCGAGCAUCUGGCCCGCAGGGACCCCGACCUCGUCAGCACCUACACCAACGCCUUCGCCUUUACCCAGCUCUGCGGGGUGCUCUGUGCCCCAUGGAAUGGGCUCAUCCUCGACCGGCACAAGCGGGGACGGACCUCCCGCCCCGACGGAGCCCUGGGCGCGCUCGCCGACUUGCAGGCAUCGGUGCUGUCACUGGUGGUGACAGUGGCACAGUGCCUGCUGUUCUCGGUGUGCGCCGCUGUGCCCGUCCUGCCCGUCCAGUUUGCCACCUUCGUGCUGCAGGUCCUGAGUCGCUCUUUCCUCUACGGGGGCAACGCUGCCUUCCUGGCCAUUGCGUUCCCGGCGCAGCACUUCGGGAAGCUGUACGGGCUGGCCAUGGCUCUCUCGGCGCUGGUGGCCCUGCUGCAGUACCCCUGCAUUGCCCUUGUGCAAGGACCCCUUGGCGGGGACCCCCUCUACGUGAACUUGGGAAUGAUCGCCGUGGUGCUGGUGGCCUUUGUCAGCCCCGUGGUGGUGGCCCGCGAGUGCCGGAGGCGAGCUCAAGAACUGGAGGCUGCAGGAACCCCCCUGGCAGCCCCCCCCGGCGCCGAGACCCCUGCCGAGACCCCCCACUGAGCCACACGCUCUCCCGGUGCCAGCUCAGUGCCCGGUGCUGGUGCCCCUAACCCCACCAUGCCACCCUGCCUGCUUCUUGCCCUGGUCCUGCUGGGUACCACCUCUGCCAGACACC